AUGUCUACGACCGCAACCCACCGCACCUCCUCCCGACAAAGCAGCUAUGGCGCAGCCCGUCGCUACGAUCAGUUUCUUCAUGCGACCACUGUCCGAACGCCUAAUAUAACCGACGACGCCUUUGUGGGGAACACCAUGGGGAACAAUGGCGGGGAGGGGGGUGAUGCCAUUGGGGAAGAAGACCCCCGGUACACGGAGUUCAAGGAGAACUUCGCGCGGAGUGAGGCACGACUUGCCGCGCUGUUCGAUCCGCGAAGAUCUGUUCAGGCACCGUCACGGCCGGAUGACGACAAACGGGAAGCAGGCGCGGAGGUCACCAUGAUGGAUGCAUCGCAACCUACUAUUGCUCCGCCGAGGAAAGCUGCGCGGACCAUUGACGAGGACGACUAUGGCGACGACGAUGAUGACGAAGACGACGACCUUGGGACCGCCUCCCCGUUGCAGAGCAAAGGCGCGGGCGCUGCGCGCAUCGUCAAUGGCACCACCCCACAAGGCCUCCUUGUCCCAUCGCUACCGAAGCGUCCAAGCAAUGACCGCCGAAGCACUGCCUCCUCCACCGAACAGCUGAAGUCUCCUGGCGAUAUGCGCAAGAAGCUGGAGGAGGAUAAGAAGGCUGCAGAGGAGGCUGCGCGCAAGAGCUUCCACACACUAUUCUACACUUUGGAGUCAGAUCGUGAUGCGAUGUUGGAGCAGCAGAAACUGGACGAUCUAGAUCGCCAAGUUGAAUCGGAGAUGUUGGGCCAGCCCACGAGCAAUACCAGCGCGGCUGCCGUCGCCGGACCUCAGCAGGGCACUUUAAGCAGCGCAAACCUAGGCGCAUCCAGCCUAACUCUCAAACACCUUAUUGCUAGGAUCGAUGCGAAACGGCACAUGGUCAACGCUUCCGACGCCCAGCUGCGAAACCUCAUGAGCGAAGUACGAAAGAACAGGAGCAAGUGGGCAAGUGAGGACAAGGUCAACCAGGAGGAGCUCUACGAGUCCUGCGAAAAGGUGCUCAUGGAGCUGAAAGCCAUGACCGAACAUGCGGCUCCUUUCUUGCAGCGAGUCAACAAGCGCGAAGCUCCGGACUACUACAACGUCAUCAAGCAUCCAAUGGAUAUCGGCACAAUGUUGAAGAAACUGAAACAGUUGCAGUACAAGUCCAAGAAAGAGUUCGUGGAUGACUUGAACCUCAUCUGGGCCAACUGCUUGAAGUACAACGUUGAUCCGCAACACUUUCUGCGGAAGAAGGCGCUGUACAUGCGAAAGGAGACGGAGAAGCUUGUGCCCUUGAUACCCGAGCUUGUCGUUCGAGACCGUGCGGAAGUGGAGGCGGAGGAGAGACGAAUGCAGAACGGCGAUCUAGAGGGUGUUGAGGACAGUGACGAUGAGGAGCCAAUCAUGGCGUCGCGUGGACGCAAAGCUCCUGCCAAGAAGGGUAAGAAGCCCCCAUCAACUGCUCGCAAAGCGCCUGGAGCAAGGUUAGAGGGGACACCGGGUACCGAGAGCAAACCGCAACUACCAUCUAUUCGCGGCUCGACAUCCACCCUAAGCAAUGAGUUCUUUCGAGCAGAUUCCGACGCACCCAUGGAAGGGAGUCAGAACGGCCUAGCGACUCCUCCGCCCGGUACACUCACCCCUCUAGGCCGCCAUGGGAUCUUCAGCAGUGGGGCUCAUGGUAGUCAAGCCGACGUAUCAGAGGUUGAUGGAACUGGAGACUCCGUGAGCGGAGUCACGACAAGCCAAGCAGAAGAUCUUGACCUCGACGACAUUGAAUUCAGGACGUGGAAGCAGGUGACGAAGAAGGAUCGGGCAACGGUCGCUGCGGAGCGGAACAGGCUUUUCCGCAACAACCGUCUCAACGCUGAAGAGCCGGCUCUGCUCAGAACCAAAGCUGGCAUGAGGCGCUGGCUGAGGCAGCGCAACCAGGCAACAGAUGAAAGUAAGGCAGAAGGCCAAGCACCAGCAAAGGACGGAAGGGAAGGUGUCCAAUCCACGAGGGGCGAGACGCUUGCUGAGGGCAUCGAGAAAGAGGAGGAGCGCAACCUUCCGGACUACUACGAUCCAUUAUCAGCCAUUCCUGAUCUGGAUGACCGUCUCAAGUGGGUCGAGGAUGCCGACCGACAGGUCAUCUAUCAGGCGGAGGAAUUUCUGCGCAUGAUACCGAAAGGGCAAUUUACUGCACCGGAGAGCAGUCUGACCCGCAAGAUGGAUGCAAAUAUGCGCCAGAUGCAGGAAACCCGGAAGGUGUGCGCUAAGAUUGGGAUCGUGAAGCAGAUGCAACUACAAUCGCAGAUGUAUCAGAAUCAAUUUCAAAAGUACGAUCCGCAGCCCUUUAGGGAAGCUGAUGUUGAGCCCCUGGUCGUAUCAGACGACGGUCCUGUUAUGUCGCAAUGGGUCUGCCGUGGUGCACUCCAAAGAAGCGUUGGCAAGAUUUUCUACCAUGCCGGCUUUGAGGAGUUCCAGCCUUCGGCACUGGACGCCAUAACCGACAUUGCAGGCAGCUUCUUCAAGAAUCUUGUACAGACGCUUGGGGUCUACUCCGACACGCCCAAGAUCAAAGCUGAGCAGACCACAGCUAUCGGCGAGAAGGCCGCGCUGAAGCCGCGAUUUACCGCCGAGGAGGCGAUUCUGCACAGCUUGCAUGAGAACGGCGUAGAUCUCGAAGCGUUGGAGAGCUAUGUCAAGGACGACGUCGACCGCCUUGGCUCUAAACUAACUGUGAUGCACGACCGUAUGAGAUCGCAUCUUGCUGAACUCCUGCGUCCUGCGCUCAAUACAGAUGCCGGAGCAGACGGUGUCGGUGCCUUCAAUGAUGGCAGCGAGCAGUUCGUUGGCGGUGACUUUGCAGAAGAUAUCGAUGAGGACUUCUUCGGCUUCAAGGAGCUCGGCCUUGACAAGGAAUUCGGUCUCGCUUCUCUCAGCGUGCCUUUCCAUCUUUUACAGAAUCGCAUGCACAAUGCGUACCGAGCGCAAAACACAAGCGCUACCGAGACGUCCGGCGUCAUCUUCGAACCACCUCCACCCUACGAACCCGUCACCGUCGAAAACAUCAGCUCCCAAAUCGGCCUCGUGCAGCCAUUCUUUCUCCGCAAGUUGCAUGCAAACGGCGACCUGCCCCUCAUCGAAGACGAAGAGCUACCGCCUAAGCAGCGCUUCCCGAGGCCCCGCCUGCCGCCAAGCGGCAAGAUCACGAGCCCGCGAAAGAGGCCUCAGAAAGAGCUGCAGCAAAUGGCGAAGAAGAAGCGGAAGCUGGAUGACGGCACCGCAAAGGACGAUUCGGCGACUCCAAAUGUCGGUAAACUCAAGCCGAUUGGGAAGCUGAGGCUGGAGAUGCCGCAGAAGGAGGGCAGCCAGCCGGAGCCGGAAAAGGAUGACGGGAGUGCGGUGGGGAUGAUCAGUCCGGAGAGCAUAUCGGCUGCUGCGUAG